AUGCAGGAGGUCCGUGUUCAAUUCCUGAAAACGUUCAGCUCGAUCCUCAUUCCACCAAAACCCAGUGGAGAGGGAGGCGUGGUGUCUAUCGACUACAACCCUCGCACACGGAUGGCGUCUUAUGACAUCAACUUGGAAGGAGUUGCCCAAAGCGCAUUGCCUUUGACGAGCAAACUGUCAGGAAAGUGGAGAGUGGCCAAACGGAGGUACAGGAAGCAGCUUGCGAGAGGUCGUUUGCGCAUGCGUAUAACGUUUUCUGACGGACGCCGCUUGACGGGGAGUAUUCAGCCUCGUCUCAUGUGUGGAGUGUUUCAGGCUGUACUGACCAGUGGCCAAACAGUUGACAAAAAGCGGACAAGCUCAGCUGGUAGUGCGGUCAUCCAGAUAGGAGAAGAUGGCAGCUUGGAUUACAAGAUCCGCGUGGCUAACAUGGAAAAUGACGUCACAAGACUUCGUCUGCAGACGGCGUCCUCCAAAGAAAACCGUAAAUCUCGUCUGGUGGGUAAUCUGAAGCGGAAGUACGUCUCGGACACUUUGGAUAAAUCAAGCGGCUGGGCAAAUGGUACCUACAAGCGUCUAGGGGCUGAGGACGUGUUCCGACUGUUGAAUAACCAGCUGUAUAUAUCCGUGGCCACAGGCAAACCUAGGCGUGCUGCUCUCAGAGGGAGACUUGUGAACACCGAGUACCAUGAACACUUCAAGAAAGAGGGUAUGGCCUUGAGCUAUGAACUUUUAUUUUAG